AUGAUUGGGAAGGCUUUGAACAGUCGACCCUGGAUUACGAGGAGUUAUGAACCUUUUAUAAACGAACCUUGUGACAAAUCUAGUGAAGAUGUUUCCGGAGAAAAUGUCUGCCAGAAAAGUCCUGAUUUUGAUGACACUGACAACGCAAUUUACUUGCUGCCGCCGCCUUCCUCUUCCACAACCUGCCUCCCACCUAACCCUGACCCACCGGAAUUCAAUGUGCAAGCCGAACCAAUCGUCGUUGAACCCAGAGGCCGGUCGUGCAAUGCCCUCAUACCUGGCAAAUCCAGCUCGUGUACGGAGAACGUAGACCCAUUCUACGCCGAUAGUCUUAGGCUGCAAAAGGAAAUUCUUAACCCCGGUGGCAUCGAAGUUUACGUGGCGGCGUCCGAACUCCUUUCGAACGUUGCCUUAAUUCAGCUACAAAGUCAAGUAUGGAUAGCCGGAUGGAAUCCACGAGUGAGCAGUCUGCAUGGCCUCUUCCAUGUGGGUGAUUUGCUGGUCUCUGUAAAUGGCUGCGACGUGCAAAACCUGCGUCAAGUCGCAAAGGUAGUUGAAGGAACGAAGAAAUGGGCCUUGAGGGAGAAUUUUCGUACACCAGCCGACGUCAAGUGUCGUCUGCGCCUUCGUCGCCUACCCCUGGCCAAGACGCUGAUUGUGUGCAGGCAAAGGCAGGACCAGAAAAUCGGCAUUACCUUCGAUGAAAACGGCACGAAUCAAGUUAAAAGUGUAGAUUCGGACGGUCCGCUGGCGUGUACCGGUUUCCCCCCUCUGGCACGACGUUAUUUUCGAAGCAAUCCCUCCACCACGGCAGCCGCACUGUCUCCGCUGCGAUUUCUCAAACAACGUCAUGUUAGCGCUUCCCAACCAGACCUGGUACCUUGGACAGCCACGGAAAUCAACCACAUACCACUAAACCUGUUUUACAAUCAACAUGAGGCGUCCUUGUUGAUUGGGGCUCAUGGAAUGGAAAUUAGCGCCACCUUCCAGCCUUCUGAUUUCGUGAAAGCAGUCUGCAAGAAAGUCAGAAAGUUGAAGGGUUACCGAUCUUUUUUCUGA